UUGAGAAAAGCUGUGACAGCUUUUCUCCCCUCAGCUGACAAGGCUGGCAGGCGGAGUUCCCUAGGCAAGCAGAGUUCCCGAGGCUGCCGAAGUCACAGUGACCCGCACCACAACCUCGCCGGAAAUGGCCAAGGCCCCUACGCCGCACAACUCCCCACCGAUCGCCAAGAACGAUUCUGCCGCGAGCCCAGCUCCACCAAUACCAGUGCUUGCGGAGAAAAGAAAGGAGCCAAUCGUCAGGCGAGCAUCGUUCGAAGCACCGCCGCGAUCGCCGAUCGAAGCACCGCCGCGAGCACCGUUCGAAGCAUCGCGCUCACCGCCGCCCAAAGAGCCCUGAAAGUCGUGCAGUGUGCACCGAGCAGGGAAGAAGCUCCGCGCGGUGAUUCGGAGUCGAUUCCUCAAUCGUCUCACCUCUGCUAUCCAAUUCAAGGGUGUUGUGCCAGUGCCAUCUAUUCUCUGUCUUUGAAGGACAUGGCCGAGGGAUCACAACCUGGUGGAACCAUUGCAAAUAUGGAUUCAACUCAGGCUGAAGUUGUACCUGCUGUUAUACCAGUUGCUGCUGAAGUUGAAAAUGUCCAUGUUCCCCCUCAAAAUGCAAAUACUGGCGAGAAGCGCAAGGGCGGGACGGCUGGAAAAGUGUUCUCUAAGUGGUGGGCACACUACAACAAAUUAACUGUUGGCGACCAGCUCAAAGCCGAGUGCAAAUACUGCAAGAAGAAGCUUCUUGGAGACCCGAAGCAAGGAACAAAUCAUCUGAAAAAUCAUCAUGAAAGGUGUCCUAAAGUGCCUCGGCCUGCCGAUAUUCGACAACAAGUUCUGCAAGGCAAUCUGACCAAGGAAAAGUUUCAGCUGACGCCUUUUAAUUUCAAUCAAGAGGCUUCUCGAAAAGAGCUGGCUAAAGCUAUAAUCAAGCAUGAAUACCCUCUGACGAUAGUAGAUCAUGAAGGUUUCAGGAGCUUUUGCACUAGUCUUAACCCAUGUUUCAAGAUGGUGACCAGAAACACAAUCAAGAAAGAUUGUUUUGUCAUAUAUGAUCUUGAGAAGCAAGCUAUAAUGAAGCUGCUGGAGAGGAAUGAAGGUCGUGUUGCAAUAACUACAGACAUGUGGACAUCUUCACAGAAGAAGGGAUUCAUGGCAAUCACAGCACAUUAUGUCAACAACAACUGGAGUUUGGAAAGUCGAAUUAUCAGGUUCAUUUAUGUCCCCUCCCCCCAUACGAGUGAAGUUCUUUGUGAUGUUUUGCUGCAAUGCUUACUGGAUUGGAAUCUCGACUAUAUGUCAGCAGUGGACAAUUUACAUGGCACUGUCCUUCAAGAUUCAGAUGAAUCCGAUAAUGAAGCUGAGCGCCAUACAAACCCGCCGGCGAGUGGGCCCGACAUCAACUCCCGCCCACUCCGAAGUUGGUUGGGCCCGCCGAUCACUAGCGGCUCUCGCCCCGCUCGACUUGAACUCGCGUCACACGAUCUCGCUCAACUCCAUCUCGCGGCCCGCGUCGCACAUGGCCCGCCACAACAGCACCCGCGAGCACCAUGGGCCCCCAUCGAAUUCGCGUCCUCGAGCCCAGUUCGGGCGUACCGCCAAGCCCACCAACAGGCGCUCAACGGGGAUCUUUAA